AUGAGGACGCUAGCGUGCUCCCUCGUUGCUUGCAUCUUCUUUGCCCUUCUGGUUCUAUCCCAGGCAGGACCGCUCUCAUCAGAAAGUGAGUCAAGUCUGACGGUGAAGCCAGUCCGUGUCCGUACUAAAUGAGCCGUGUUUUCGACGGAGCAGUGCGCAGCGCCAACGCUGUUUGGUAUGGAGCUACCUCAGCUCGCGACGCCCAGGUCUCGACCCAACGCCGUCCACUGUCGCCCAGGAAGGAGGUGCAGGGCGGCUCAAGCAGCCUAGGCUGGCCUUUGAGAUUGGAAAGUCUUCGACUCAAAGGCCUCGAGCGCUUUGAGCUUUACAGCGAUGCUAGUUCUACCAGAACGUCGUUCAGUGACGGAGAGGAGAGCAGCGUCCCAAAGUCGAUCAAGGGCAUUGUCUGGCAGUCGAAAGAGUCUACACCACCGCUAGGAAGGACCGAGUUCGCCAAGGUGCUGCGGGAGCCUGAAAUGGACCCUGCAUCUAGAUGGCCGGCAAGCAAAUGGCGCAUCAGCAAGCUACAAGGCUACAAACCCGUGCGUUGCCCACGAGCGCUCGCAACUCCGGAGCGUGCGAUAGCUCACACUGGCGAUUGCGGCACCAAAGCAGUGAAAGUAUCCAUGA